GCCAUCGCCCCCGCCUAUGUCGUUGGCCAUCAAUCAACUGAAGCAGGGAGAUCGGUAUAUCUGCACAGGGGGCAUUAGAUGUUGGUGACCAGGGAUCUGUGCAUUUCCACAAAUGCAACAUGCAAGCGGGGGAGGACGCAUUCCAUUUCACACCUCCGAGGCACAACACCAACUACUCGAUCACGAUACCGCAUUCUCAUCAACAAUAAUCCGUUCCCCAUGAGUCUGUCAAGGCUGUUUGCCCUCUGUAACACGUGGGCGAAUGCUACAGCAAUCCACGCCCCCGAUCGUUUCGCUUGUGGGGUGAUAGGCUCCUCUCCCAUUCAGUUGGGAAGGCCAGAGAUUCAUUUGUGGGCCUACUUGGUCGAUUGCUUGGUGGACCGCUUGGCAGCGACAGCAGUCUUGGAGCUGGCCGAUCGGGCUGCGGUCUUCUUGGUGGCUGCCUUGGUGGCUGCCUUGGUGGCUGCCUUGGCAGGGGUCUUUUUGGCAGGCGUCUUCUUGGCGGCAGCAGUGGGCCGACCGGACUUUGCCUUGAGAAGUUGAAUCCGAGAGAGUGCAUUAGCAGACAGGAGCAAGAAGCGCGAGGGUGCUGCGAUCUGGUCGCAGGAGAUGCAUCGGCGGCGCUCGACCGUCCCGACCCAGAGUAGUCGCAUAUCGGCGGGACGAAACUGCUCUCGCCCCAGCCUGGACGAAAAGCGGACACGAUCGUCGGCUAACCUUGGUGGUGGCAGCAGUGCGG